GUGUGUUUUGCACAUGCUCAAAGCUGCUCUCUUGUAGUUGUUCACUCAUCCACAGCCUCAAAGGAAAUUCACCUUUUCAGACUUCAGACUCUCAGAAGCAGCGUGUUUGUGUUUAAAUGACUUUGUUUUCAGACGUGUUCGGGUCACGUGUUUCAUGAGAAUAUGAACUCAUCUGCUGGAUUUAUAGUUUUUGGAUCAGUGUUUGUUUGCCGCUGAUGUUUACCGUGACCGCUCCGGACGGACUCGUGAUCGCCAUCAUCAGUCGGUUUGAUCUAAUCUAAUGUUCACCGUUUAACCGGAGCAAGACUGACGGACCGACACUGAAAACAGAUGCGGAUCCCUAACCGGUUGAUUUCUGGCUGUGUGAAAGCAACGGAACUGGGAAACCAACCAGAAACCGAUGAACAGUGACAUGUUUGGUUCAUCCUGAUCGGUGUUUCGUUAUAUUGUGUUCCGGUCUGAAGAGCGCUUCCUCGCGUCACUGAUGCUUCGACCGGAGUGAAUGAAGUACCCUAAAUAAGUGUGCUUUUAUUUCUCGGUCAUGUGUUCACUGAAAGCUAUUCAGGACUGGUGUGGAGAUGUUUGUGAAGGUUACUCUGAUGUUCUCAUCACAGACAUGAGCUCCUCAUUCACAGACGGACUGGCUUUCUGUGCGAUCAUCCACAAACACAGACCCGAUCUACUAGAUUUUCACUCGCUGUCCAAACACAACAUCUACGACAACAUGCGUCUGGCGUUUGACGUUGCGGAGCGUGAGCUGGGAAUUCCUGCUCUUUUAGAUCCGGAUGAGCUGGUGUCUGUGGAGGAGCCGGAUCUACUGUCCAUCCUCACAUAUGUCUCUCAGCUCUACUGUGUCUUCAGAGGAAACUCUCACGUCAGUCAGAAGAUUCCUGUGAACAAUGAAUCCAGCAGCACCAAAACACAAGAACAGACACACACUCUGUUCUCAUCAGAUGUGGUCAGAUCGUCAGAUAAAAGUGUCUGUAGUGUCUGUCACACACGUGUUCAUCUCAUUCAGAGGGUUUUGGUGAAGGGACAACUGUAUCACCGCUCCUGCUUCAGAUGCAGUCGCUGUCGUCGCUCUCUGCUGCCGAUCUCUUUCACAGUGGACAGUGAGACGGGUUCACUGCAGUGCAGUUAUCCCUGCAAACCUGCUUCUGAUCACGACCGGCCCACUGAUCAAUACUCACAGAAUGACACCAGUGAGACAGACAGAGACAGGAGUGAGACGGAAAGAGACAGGAGUGAGACUGAUGGAGACAAGAGUGAGACGGAAAGAGACAGGAGUGAGACUGAUGGAGACAAGAGUGAGAUGGACGGAGACAGGAGUGAGACAGAAAGAGACAGGAGUGAGACGGAUGGAGACAAGAGUGAGACGGAUGGAGACAAGAGUGAGACAGACGGAGACAGGAGUGAGACAGAUGACGACAAAAUUAAUGAUGGACGUCUAUCCACCUCAUUAAAGAAUGACAUACAAGUACCUCCCAAACCUGCUCCCAGAAAGAGGGCGGAGCCUCAGGAACCUCCUUGCCCCACCCCCAGAUCACCAGAUCACCGCCCUGACAACGUGUUGUCUCAGAGCGCUCUCCGUAAGGAACAUCCCUGGAUGAAGCUGGUUGAUCCGGGUCCUUGGUCUCAUCUUCCUUCGGCUCCAUCCUCUCAUUCCCGCCACCGGCACGUGACCUUUAACCCCUUCCUGGAGGACGAGUCCAAGGAUGAAGAGAAAAACUCUUUCAGCUGCGAAACCUCAGUUGCACACAAACCCCAAACCUCAUCUUCAGUUCCCAGCAUGCACCAGGCUGCAGCUCUUGUUCAUGGUUUCCCGCUGAUCAAGAGGAAGGUGAUCACCGACACACGUGUGUCAGAGAAGCAGGUGUGUGAGGAGCAGAAGAAGCUGGAGGAGCGUCUGCUGGAGCUGGAGAGGAGAGGAGUGCAGCUGGAGACUGAGAUGAGGAGAUGCACCAAUGAGAGUCUUCUAGUUGACUGGUUCCUUCUGAUUCAUAUGAAGAACAUGUUAGUGCGCAGAGACACAGAGCUGGUGUACAUGGUGAAGCAGCAGCGUCUGGAGGAUCAACAGGCUGAUGUGGAGUUUGAGAUCAGACGCCUCUUUAACAAACCAGAGCAGGACUGGAGCUCCGACGACAGACAUCAGGAGCAUCAGCUGAUGUCGAGCCUGCUGUCAAUCAUCCAGCAGAGGAAUGACAUCAUCAGCAGCCUGGAUGAGGACAGGCAGAGGGAGAAGGAGGAGGACACGACGCUGAACGCUGUGAUCCAGAGGAUGGAGUUCCUGACACAGACGGACAAACAGCGGGACAAAUGCAGCAGGAGCUUUAAACGCCUUCAGAUGUUCAAAAAGUCCAGCUGUAAGACUGAAAACACCGGCAGAAGAAAGAAGAAAAACAGCUGAAGAACAGAAAGAGCCGGUUUAUGAAAUAAUGUCCAAAAAUGGAAAAUAAAAACAUCCAUCAGGACAAACUGAACUGUUUAUUUAAAAGUUAAUAAGCAUGUAGCAUGGCCAUAUCUGAUCAGUUUUUAUCAUUUCUAUCUACUAUUUUCUUCAUGUUUAUACUUAUUUAUUCGUGACAUCAUGUGUUUUUGUUUUUAAGCUAAGAUGUCUUGAGCAUUAGUUAUUGCACGCUUCAAACCAUGAUCUCAUCAUUGCCAGCCCUCCAGCUAAGCAACAUCUCUUCCUGUUGUCUCUACUAGUG